AAUCAGCAUUAUGUUUCCAUGGCAAGGACGGAAACCCACAAUUGCUGAAACGAUCUAACGUUAGACGUGUUGAAGCCCAUUAUUUCUUGAACAGACUAAACAGAAUUAAUACCCCUAGAAAAAUAAGUAUUCGGACUUGGUAAUAAAUAAUACUACCGUUAUUCAUUCACACGACCCAUCUAAAUUUUGCACAUUAAACAAAUGCUCGAAACCUUACGUCAUCCGACCUGGAAAGCGCCGUAGGUAUCCGUGGCGGGAGUCAGGAAGCGCAAUUAAAGCCUGCAGACUCGGGCGCAAGCGACACUCUUUUCAAACGAAGGAAUGUGCCCCUAGGUGUGGGCGAAGAAAACGCACUAACGACAGCCACGGCCACAACGAUAAACACGACAAAGACAAAAGGCUAGAGCGCGCACAUCGCCGCCCGAAAAGUGACGACACCUUCCACGUUCACUUUUGUACCCUCGCUUCGAUGUAGGCCGCCUAGAGAGACAAGGAUGAGCGAGUUUGAAGGACCUCCAACAGAAACAAAAAGCAGAUAGAAAAUUCCUUCCACACGACUCGCGCGCGACAACACAGGAGGGAGUCAUCUCGCCUGUCUCCGAUGCUGCCAACGACGGCGAUGAUGAUGAUGAUGAAGACACUCUUUCCUUUUGUCUUAAUCUCCCACUUUCUCGCGCUGAUUUCCACCCCUUUUUCGGAAGGAGUGCGGGACGUCAAGGCAGAGAAACCGCGGCGGGUAUAAAAGCGCCGAAGUCGCCAACUUGUCGACACCGUCAGACGUGCUGCCAGCCUGCGCACCGCGCCGUGCGUUUUAAAGGCGCGAAGCGAAGCGAAACCCGAGCGCUCGUUCAAGCGGAAGUCGAAGCCAAAGUUUUCUUUUCGUCUCGGAGGAAGAGUGGCAUCUUUACUUCUUCAUCCAUCGCCGCUCUUCCUUUUCCUCAUCGCAUUCGGAGGUUGUGGUUUCGAAAGAAGCUUCAGGAAUGCUGACGUUUCUCCUACUAGGCCUUCUACUAGCGAGAGCCUACGGCGAAGAUGGCAAAGGGGAAGAGACGCUUGAAACAGAAGGUCACAGCUUCGGCAGCCUUGGCCAGGCUACGACGUUCAGACAAGCCGGAAACUACCUGCAGGCAGCUCCAACGUAUGGGCAUUCGACGUAUGGGCAGUCAGCAGGACUAGACCGUCCGCAGCCAUUCGACUUCGGCUACAACGUUCAGGACGAGUUCGGCAACAACCAGUUCCGCCAAGAGAAAGGUGACGAGUCCGGUUCGGUGCAAGGCGCCUACGGUUACACGGACGCGUACGGCGUCUACCGCAAGGUGCAUUACGUGGCCGACCAGAACGGUUUCCGCGCUGACAUCAAGACCAACGAGCCGGGCGUCAAGCAGGAGAACCCGGCUGACGUGCAGCUUGUCGUCGAACCCCCGCCGCAGGGUGUGCUUCAGCAGGCACUGACGGGCUCAAGGUCCGCUGGCUUCGCCAAGCUCCCCGCUGCGGCGCCCGCCCAGCCGAGAUUCCCGGCGGGCCUGCAUGCCUGAGAGAAGGCGGGCUCCUGAUACGCUCAGGGCCCCGCGGAAGCUGCCUCCACGCGUUAUGGAGCAGAGGCAUCCGGUGAGGUGUGGCUGCUUGCCUCACUGGAUGGGAGGUCGAUCCAUAUGUACAACCAUAAGUGAGCCAGGGGUUGAACUUAAGUUGAAAACUUCGUGUUGUGGUUUCUGCACCGCUCACUUAAAACCGGGGACAACCGACAAGGGAGUGCACAGGAUGAGCGCUGUCUCGCAACUAUGCCAUCUGGAGGGCUUGCAGCUCGAACUUUAAAGACACGUCAUCUUCGUAGUGAUUAGAUAGCAUUACUCCGCAUUGCUUCUUUUUUCGAAUUAUUGCUUAGCACGGGAUCUGUAGGCCUCAGCAUAGUGGUGGUCAUCAACGUAGUUCCGAGUAGGAGACCCUAAAGCAUACAAAAUGUUGUCAGCAGACUUAUUUCUCUUCCGCUCCUCACAGGGGAGGUUUCCUUCAGACGCAAGUUCCUAUACAUUGGUGUUCACCACGUGCGCGUAAAGCAAAUAUGUUGAAUAAGUUCUGAAAGAAUAAUAGUUCUCACUAUGUUUCAAAUCUGGUAUGUCCUGUAGGACCGGAUAUAUAUUUGUGGCGAGUUGUCAAUAGCUUUCUUACUAACAUCUCGUUCCAGUGAAGAGUUAGUUGAGAUUCCAAACGAGUGAUGUGCUUCUGAAAGAACGUUGUCAUCGUGGAGACUCCCUGCGAGGUGCGGUGUUCGUUACUGGAGGCGUCGUUACGGGAGGCACGAAAGUUGUCUUAUAUUCAGGAAAGGCCAUGCGUUCACGAAGGCUGCUGAUACAGAAUCAUUGACGUGAGAUCCGUAAAUCUCGCGCAUUGUCAAAUAUCACAGUACAGGGACUCAAAAGAGCAAUAACGAGCAAUCUGUUGAGACUUCUGAAAUGCACUGUCAGGACAGAGGCUUCCACGCAUCCAUUAUUCCUAACGAAAGACCUCACGAAAAACCUGUCUUGUGCUCAGGAAGAAUGUCCCUAUACGUUUAGUGAUCGCUUGGUGAAGGUCUCAGAACAAGCCGGUUGAGAAGGCGGUUUUCUUGUAUAGAUUUGUAGAGAUGACGUUGAGAAACCUUACAAACUCUUUUAGUGGUGGAAGCUUUCUAGAUGUCUUUUAUGUAGUUUGUUUUCAUAAUCUUUUCGCCACUUCGCUUCAUAUGUUAACAUUAGCUUUGCAUAGGCGUGUUAUCUUGUGCGAUAUUCCUUAUAUAUAGUUCCCUCAUUUAGUGGCCGUAGAUCAUCUGCACCUAAACCUCGCUUCAUUCAACUUCCCGGGUGUCAAUAAACGGAGCGUGAAGAGGGUGCUACUCAUAUAUUUUAAUAGUCAUAUUGUUUCACACAAGCAAGGACGGAGUAUGGGUGAAGGAAUACUAAAUUCGUGGUGAAUAUGCUGUCUAUAAUCUAAAGCAGCAUACAAGAAAAAGAGAGAUAUAGAGAGAACAAGAGGUAAAAGGCAGAUAGGUUAACCAGAGGUUGCCCAGUUGGCUACUCUGCACAGAGAGAUGGGGUAAGCAAAAUGGAAUGCGCUAGGUGAAAUGACGAGGGCUUCCAGUCCGGCACGAGACCACUCCAACGCGGUAAGCUCUGUCGGCGGAUGGAAUGACUUCGGGCAUACCUGUAUCGUGAUGAGUUCAUACCUCCGCAAAAAUGAAUUCCUAAGGUGCAUACCGAUUUUCAAGCCUACCCGGGUGGAUUAUGCAAUAAGCGACUUGUUUCCCAUGUCCUUACGGCAUUCGAAGCUCCUGUAUUAUGACAGAACACGAUAUACCUCGCACAGGCCAGGUGGGUAGACACGUCACGCGGGAGCACAAAAAAGAAAAUAAAAAUAGAAGGAGUGACGUGAUAGGCCAAGUCUCGCCUUUCUCCCACUCCGUCUUGCACGGUUGACGCGUGUCUAGAAAAGGGAGCUUGUACGCUGUCUCACAUAUUUCACACGAGAGUCCCCCUCGGGUUGGUAUUUUGCCUUAUGCCUAUCCUUCUUUGGUGGGGUUUAUUAUUUCAGGCGGCUGCGCCGCAAAACGUGCUAUGUAUCCCACAUGUUUGUCGAAGCUGCUGUAUUUCUUUGUUGUACAUAAGUGACAUUCCUUUCUUUUUCCCUCUGCUGCUUGCGGCUGUCUCACGGCUUCGGAGUGUCGGGAUCAAUAAACAAUGUUUUCUUAAGUAUGCCGUCAUAAUUCUGUGUUUUACGACGGUGUAUUUUUUUUCUUUCAACAUGGGCGAGAGCUACAUGUUCGAACAGGGAAUUUCUCGACCGUGACGCUGCUAUGCGAGUGCGUAUGGCGCGCGCACGCUUUGCAAUAAAUGUGGAGUACAUGACACUU